GUCUGAGAAGACAAGCCGCUGUCGCCAUCAGCCAGGAGCUGAGCAAACUCUCUUGCCACAGCACCGGCCCCAGCACGUGGAUUAACCAGGUCCGCAGGAGAAGCUCCUUGCUCAGCUCGAGGCUGGAGGAGAAGCCCUUCAGCGAGAUAGAAAUGUCCUACAUCAAGCAAGGAGAGGAAGCCCUCCAGAAAUCGCUCAGCAUCCUCGGGGACCAGGACGGCUGGAAGACAGAGACAGUGGUGGCCAAUGGAGACAAAGUGCUGAGCAAGGUGCUCCCGGACGUGGGGAAGGUGUUCCGACUCGAGGUGGUGGUGGACCAGCCCCUGGACGCGGUGUACGGAGAGCUGGUGGACAACAUGGAGCAGAUGGGAGACUGGAAUCCCAGCGUCGAAGAAGUCAAGAUUCUCCAGAAGAUUGGAAAGGACACAGUGAUCACCCACGAGAAAGCAGCCGCUACCCCCGGUAACAUUGUCGGACCACGGGACUUUGUGAGCGUCCGGUGCUCCAAGAGACGUGGCUCCACCUGUGUCCUGGCCGGCAUGGCCACGAAAUACGGAGCCAUGCCCGAGCAGGAAGGAUUUAUCAGGGCUGAGAACGGUCCCACGUGCAUGAUCCUGCGCCCGCUGCCCGGCAGCCCGGCACAAACCAAGCUCACGUGGCUGCUCAGCAUCGACCUGAAGGGCUGGCUGCCGAAGACCAUCAUCAACCAGGUCCUGUCCCAGACACAGGUCGACUUUGCCAACCACCUCCGGGCACGCCUGGCACAGACAGUGGCUGGGAACUGCUGA